AUGUAUGAUGAUGAUGGGGUGGAAGUAGUCGUCGGAGGAGGAGGAGGAGGAGGAGGAGGAGGAGGAGGAGGAGGAGGAGGAGGAGGAGGAGGAGGAGGAGGAGGAGGAGGAGGAGGAGGAGGAGGAGGAGGGCGCCUGAGCUUGAGCCUGAGAACGAGCAAGGGAAGCAAGGGGACCGGCGUGUGCCAGGAGUUCUCUCUGAAGCAGCUGGAGCGAGCAACAGCCGGCUGGGCAGAAUCAAAGCUGGUGGGCAGUGGGGCGUUUGGCGACGUGUACAGGGGAGAGGAACCACAGACCGGGGAGGUGUGGGCAGUGAAGCGCGCCAAGUUUCUGUCGAAUGACUUUCAGACGGAGGUGGAGGCGAUGGCGUCGAAGCACCACGCGCACCUGGUGCGCCUGCUGGGGUACGGCGUGUGCUACGGCUCGGCCAGGCAGCGCAUGGAGCAGAUCCUCGUGUAUGAGUUCAUGGCUGGCAAGGACCUUGAUUACUGGAUCGGCAAAGCCGCCCCGCGUCCACUGAGCAUGCGGGAGCGCAUGAACAUCCUACUAGGAGUAGGCGCAGGUCUCCAGUACCUGCACUCAUUCAACAUGGUGCAUCGGGACAUCAAGCCCGCCAACAUUCUCCUAGACGCCAACAUGCAAGCCAAGGUGGCUGAUUUCGGCCUUGUGCGGUGCGGCGAGGGCACCACGGUUAUGGCAACGCGGGUGAUGGGGUCGCCGGGGUACAUGGACCCGGCUUACGUCCGAUCGCAGAAGGCCACUCCUGCUGUCGAUGUCUACAGUUUCGGGGUGGUGGUGCUGGCGCUGGUCACGGGGAGGAAAGCAACGGGUGGCGAGGAGGAAAAGGAGGAAGGAAAGGAGGAGGCUCCGUUCAACUUAAAGCAGUGGGUGGCAGCACGGGUGGAGCAGGGAGGCAAUGACAACCAAGUGGCAACAAGAUUCGCCGAUCCCAGCUUGGACGCCCCGCCUGCCCUGCUCGUCGCCCUGGCCCACCUCGCCCUCGCCUGCACCAACAUGCGCACCACUGCGCGCCCCUCCAUGCAGCAGGUGCUUGCGGAGUUGCAGGCUCUCAAGGACCGUUACCUGGUUACCGCUCCCAACCGGAUGGCUGUGCGGAUCGAUGAGGAUGUGGAAUUGGAAGUGGUGACUGGGGAUUUUGAAGCGGCGCUGAAACAUGCGGAGAGUGCUAGCCAAUCAGGUUCUUGUGUGUUGUCAAUACCGUAA